AUGAAUGAGAAAAAGGUGUUUCAUAAUUUCAAGAGCUACAUUAACGAGGCGACUUUGAAUAAUGGUGGUAAAAAUGGUUCAAUUCAAGAGCUGAAGCCCAAAUUAUUAAAUGGGGAGCUGGUAGUGGGAGCGGCGCACAGCGUGGUGCUGCUGACACCGCUGAGCGAGCGCGACAGCGGCCGGUUCGGAUCCUUGUUCGUAACAAACUACAAGCUCUCGUUUGUGCCACUAGAGACCUCGCAGUACGAUGAGUAUGGUCAAAAGAACCAUCUACUUGGUACGUUCGACGUGCCGCUCACAGGUGUAGGCGCGUUGUGGCUGACUGAUGGCGGGCCGCAACGGAGGCGCCGCUUGCUGCCAUAUGCAGAUAUGCCCGGGAAGGUCAAGGGAUUGCAGGUCAUAUGCAAGAAUAUGAAAGUUAUGACAUUCAGCUUCGCAAACUCACCGAUCGGCAACGGAAGGAAAGUAGCGAUGGCGCUCAUACACCACGCCUUCCCCAAGCGGCACGACCUUCUGUUCGCCUUCGAGUAUAGAGAGCCCUAUUACCCCACGCUCCCCUCAGACCUCAACAUGUUUCAACGGCCAGGGGACUGGAAGAGGGAGCUGGAACGUUGCGAAUGUCCACAUUGGAGGAUCACAUGUAUCAAUGGAACGUCAGAUGCCUUCAUGCUAACCGCCGGCGAAACGCUAAUAGUACCUAGUUCUGUACUGGAUUAUAAUCUGAUGGAAUCCGCGAGACAUUUUAGGUCUGGGAGGGUCCCUAUUUGGGUGUGGGGGAGGCCGGAGGGUGCGGCGUUGUUGAGGAGUGGGGAGUUAUUGGCAACGGAACAGUCUGCUACUGCCGAGAGUGUUUUAUUGGAACAGGUGCGGCGGUCGCACCCGAAGCUGACACCGCCUCGGGUGCUGUACCUGUGCGGCAGCUCGGCGGUGAGCGGCGCCUCGCCCGCCGCGCCUCCCGCCCCGCCACCGCUGCCGCCGCUGCACGCGCUGCUCGCCGCGCACAAGAAGCUCGCCGACCUCUGCACUCCCACCACGCUGCCCAACUUCUGGUUACAAGACUCGCAGUACUACUCGAUUUUAGACUCUAGUCGGUGGCUUCGAUACGUAGCGAACUGCCUCGCUUUUGCUGACGACGCGGCCUCACAUCUCACAGCCAACGUCACCGUUGUGUUACAAGAAGGCGAUGGCGUGGACUACUGUGCGGUUGUGUCGUGUCUAACGCAGCUCUUAAUAGAUCCGUACUUCCGUACGAUAUCUGGCUUCCAGUCCUUAAUUCAGAAAGAGUGGAUAGCACUCGGACAUCCCUUCUGUGAUAGGCUGGGGCUGCCGCGGCCGGGCCCGGGCCGGGAGUCCCCGGUGGCGGCGCCCGUGUUCCUGCUGUUCCUGGACUGCGCCUGGCAGCUGCUGCAGCAGUUCCCCGCUGCCUUCCAGUUCACCGACACCUACCUCGUUACGCUCUGGGACUGCGUGCACAACCACCUCUUCGACACCUUCCUCUUCAACUGCCCCAGGGACAGGGACCUGGCUGUGUCCAAGAACUUUACCCCAAGGCCGGUUUGGGAUUGGGGUGAACAGUUCUCGGAACAAGACAAGGCAUUAUUCUACAACCCUCUGUAUAUGAUAAGCAAACCCAUCCCGAUGACUGCACAGAGGUUAAGUAUGCCGGCAGGGAGCUGGCGCAACUCGAAGCAGGCGGACGACACCGAGCGGCUUCGGCCGUGCUGCUCGGUGGCCGGCGUGGAGCUGUGGGCGCUAUGCUACGAGCGCUGGCUGCCGCCGCUGGACACGCCGCACGCCGGCCGCGUGCACUUCCACUUGCAUCACUGCCGCCUGCGAGCGCAGAUCCAACAGUUAACCGAAAAACUAUCCUCCCUCUCGAUAAUGAACAACCGACAUUCGAACGGCGACGAAGAUGCAACGGAGUCGUUCCGUGUACCCGUCGUGUCACGAUUCUACCCGUUCAGUCUCAACCGGUACGAUAACGCCACGAGGAAUUUAGACUCUAUGCAGGUCAGCCUUAUAGACGCCAGUCAGUUACUUGACUCACAAUCUCUUUUAAAUGCACCCGAUUAA